CUCACACAGCAGACAGCACAGCAGACCCCCCAACAAACGCCAGCGGAAACGCUGGCCUUCGAGGAGAAACACGGAGGUGGCCUCCCGAGCCGUGUGGCGCAGGGCUUGGCCGGGUGGGCCACUCCACUGCUGAUGGCGGCCUGGUGACAGCCACGAGGCCGCCGCCCCCGGCCCCGCCGGGGAGCACAGCCCACCGCUCCCCCUCGCCAGGCGCCCAAGGACCCUCAAGGCGCGGGGCUCACACUUGAAGCCCUGGGAACGCUCAGACAGGAAACCCACUUCCUCCUAAGCGGUGUCUUGCUAGCCGGAUGAGAGGCACCCAAUUGAAGCCGAGUGAUCCUCAGCCGCUAAUAUCCAGCGCGGCCACAAAGCGGCCGGCCGUUUCCGCCGCCACUUUAGACAAAGAUAUUUGGUUAUUCCCGGGGAAGCGAGCGCACUCCGGAGCGCCGGGCCCCGGGAGGAGGCGAGCCUCCGCGCAGCCUCCCGCCCGCCGGGCUGCGGGCGUCGGGGAACUCGCCUCCUCCCGGAGCGCGCCUUCCCCCGGGGUUCACGCUCAGCUCCGCUCGGCGCCCGCGCGGCCCCCCGUCCGGGCCCUCCCCGGGGCAGCGGGGACCCGGGCUGAGGUGCGGGGGCCGCGAUGUCCUGCGAAAGUCGGCACCAGCUCCGGGAGCCGGAGGAGCCAGGCCAUGGGCAAGGGUCUGGGGCAGCAGCGCUUAUGCCCCGCCUCUGGUGGCUGCCUAAAACCUGGCGCCGGGCUAAAACAAACGCGAGGCAGCCCCCGAGCCUCCACUCAAGCCAAUUAAGGCGGACUCGGGCCACUCCGUUACGUGUACAGCCAACGAGACCGGCCUUAAGCCGACGCCGAAUCAUGUCGAUGAGUCCAAAGCACACGACUCCGUUCUCAGUGUCUGACAUCUUGAGUCCCCUGGAGGAAAGCUACAAGAAAGUGGGCAUGGAGGGCGGCGGCCUCGGGGCUCCGCUGGCGGCGUACAGACAGGGCCAGGCGGGCCCGCCGGCCGCGGCCAUGCAGCAGCAUGCCGUGGGCCACCACGGCGCCGUCACAGCCGCCUACCACAUGACGGCGGCGGGGGUGCCCCAGCUCUCGCACUCCGCCGUGGGGGGCUACUGCAACGGCAACCUGGGCAACAUGAGCGAGCUGCCGCCCUACCAGGACACCAUGCGGAACAGCGCCUCUGGCCCCGGCUGGUACGGCGCCAACCCGGACCCGCGCUUCCCCGCCAUCUCCCGCUUCAUGGGCCCGGCGAGCGGCAUGAAUAUGAGCGGCAUGGGCGGCCUGGGCUCGCUGGGGGACGUGAGCAAGAACAUGGCCCCGCUGCCCAGCGCGCCCCGCCGGAAGCGCCGCGUGCUCUUCUCGCAGGCGCAGGUCUACGAGCUGGAGCGGCGCUUCAAGCAGCAGAAGUACCUGUCGGCGCCCGAGCGCGAGCACCUGGCCAGCAUGAUCCACCUGACGCCCACGCAGGUCAAGAUCUGGUUCCAGAACCACCGCUACAAGAUGAAGCGCCAGGCCAAGGACAAGGCGGCGCAGCAGCAGCUGCAGCAGGACAGCGGCGGCGGCGGCGGCGGGGGCGCGGGGUGCCCGCAGCAGCAGCAGCAGGCCCAGCAGCAGUCCCCGCGCCGGGUGGCCGUGCCGGUCCUGGUGAAGGACGGCAAGCCGUGCCAGGCGGGGGCCCCCGCGCCGGGCGCCGCCAGCCUGCAGGGCCACGCGCAGCAGCAGGCUCAGCAGCAGGCGCAGGCGGCGCAGGCGGCCGCCGCGGCCAUCUCGGUGGGCAGCGGGGGCGCGGGGCUGGGCGCGCACCCGGCCCACCAGCCGGGCAGCGCGGGCCAGUCGCCGGACCUGGCGCACCACGCGGCCAGCCCCGCGGCGCUGCAGGGCCAGGUCUCCAGCUUAUCCCAUCUGAACUCCUCAGGCUCGGACUAUGGCGCCAUGUCCUGCUCCACUUUGCUUUAUGGUCGGACCUGGUGAGACGUGGGACCCGCCUGAGCCCCCGCGCGACCUCACAGCUUCCCCUCUGCCCUCCGCCAAGACCACUACUCGCCCGCUGCCCCACGCGCUUCUACUUUUCUUUAAAAAAAAAAAAAAAAUCUGUUUGUGUUUAGACCAAGGAAAAUUACACAAAGACCAAAUUGCUCUGCUGGACGACUUCUUCUUCUUCUUCUUCUUCUUCUUCUUCUUCUUCUUCUUCUUCUUCUUCUUCUUCUUCUUCUUCUUCUUCUUCUUCUUCUUCUUCUUCUUCUUUCUCCUCUCCCCCUUCUUCUCUCUCCUCUUCUUUCUCCUCCUCUUCUAUGAUUUCUUCUUCUUUCUUCCUUCAUCCUUCCCCCUUCCCUUUCUCUUUCCUACCUAAAACUGGUGGAUUUUUUUUAACAUAAAAAGAAAAUUAAAACAGCCAAGCAAAUUGCAAAUUCAAGCCCUUAUGGAUUCUUUAAACAGAGAAGGACGGAGAACAAAUAUGGGGCGUCUUUCUGGUGGUUCAGAUGGGUUUCCAAGCUUAGGCACGGCACAGUUUUGGAGCCUGCUCUAAGCGACCAAAGCCCUGGACUCUAAAGACAGAAAACUUUCCUCUGGAUGCACUCUGCCAGCAAAGCGACCUUGCUUGUAAAUACCAGGAUUUUUUUUUUUUUUUUCAGAAGGGAGGACAGAAGCUGGAGCGAGGAAAGAUUCUUCAGCAUAACUACCACUUGUACUGACACAAAGAAAUACGCCCUCCCAGGCGCCCUCUGGCCCCUAGAGGUUCGGUCCAGGCUGGCCUCUCAGAAAAUUGUUUUAGGUUUGAUGUGAACUUGUAGCUGUAAAAUGCUGUCAAAAUUUGGACUAAAUGCUUAGUUUUUAGUAAUCUGUACAUUAUGUUGUAAAAAGAAACCCAGUCCCAGUCCCCAGCCCCUCACUUUUUUAAAAGGGCAUUGACAAACCUGUGUAUAUUAUUUGGCAGUUUGGUAUUUGCAGCAUCAGUCUUUUUUUUUUUUUUCCUGUUGUAACUUAUGUAGAUAUUUGGCUUAAAUAUAGUUCCUAAGAAGCUUCUAAUAAAUUAUAUGAAUUAAAAA